AUGGUCUCUCUUUAUUUCAGCUACAUGAAUCUAGUGUUGAUCGUGCAGCUUUUGUGGAGUUUGUGCUUGGCUUGUCAAGAUAUAUUUUCUCUGAGGAAUAACAGGGAUCUUCAUGCCCCGGAUUUUCUAUUGUUCUUUGUUAUAAUUGAUUGGGUCAUGGCGAUUCUCAUGUUCUCUGGAUUCUAUGCCUCUGCCAGCGUGACGAUUUUCUUCAUGAAGGAUAUGAACUUCUGCGCGGAAUACCGGCGUCUAGACUGCAGUCAGUUCACACUUUCAGUCACUCUGGCGUUCUUUACAUGGUUGUUGCAAGCUGCGUCUUCUUUCUCUGGGUUCUGGCUACUAAUUUCAUUCUUCUAG